AUCAGGAAGUGAUUAGCAUGUGACGGGUAUUUGACGUGUACUGUAAAAUAGCUCGAUACGAGCCCAGCGCCAGCUCGUGUCCUACAACGCAAAAAACAUUGACAUAGUACUAAGUAGUCUACAUGUUGAGUAACUAAUCUUUGCAGCUGAGAGAACCCCCCAUCUAGAGUCGAGUCUACAUGCGCUGCGUGUGCUCUCCUUUUCUCUCUCCUCUCCUCUUUCCCUCCUCCUCUCGUCCUUUAUUCAUCUUCAGCAUCUUGGUGUCGUCCGCGAGCGUUCGCGCCACACCAGCACUUGCUGGUGUGUGUUGGGUGUUUGCGCAUGGUGCUGGUGGCAUUGGAUGCGCUAAGCGGGAGGAUGCUGAAGGUAGCGAGAGGGCGCUGAACUUGUCAACUUGAUGGUGGGAGGGCUCCAGAGGUAGCGAGAGGGUGCCAAAGGAAGUGAGAGGGUACUGGAAGUUGGG